AUGUCGAACAUCUUCCUGCGCGACAGCAUGCUCCGCCUCUCGAUCCCCACGCGCGACGCCGCCUACUACAUCCCCGACGGCAACACCGUCCUGCUCGUCGAGAACACGCUCUUCAAGGUGCACCGCUCGAACCUGAUGAAGGACGGCUCGACGUUCGACACGCUGUUCUCGCUGCCCUCGGAGGGCGGGCACAGCGCGAGCCCGGGCGCGGCGCCGACCGUCGGGGGCACGGUUGUCGAGGGCGAGAGCGAUGAUAACCCCAUACGUCUGCAGGGCGACGCGGCGGACGAGUUCCGCGCGCUGCUCUGGGCGCUCUACGCUCUACCGCACGAGCUGAUGAUCGCCACGACGCCCGAGGCGAACCCCGUGCUGCUCUUCAACCUCGCGCGCAUCACGCACAAGUACCAGUUCAAGUCCAUCCUCGCGUGGGCGCUCGGCGCGCUCGUCACCUUCUACUCCCGCUCCGGCGCGUUCGACGCGCUCCCGGGGCCGGGCGACGCGGGGUGCGCGGGCGGCGCGCCGACGCUCGUGCAGCUCACGGAGCUCGCCGCGCUGUGCGAGUGCGCGGACCUGCUCGACGCGGCCGUGCGCAAGUGGCGGGAACAAAUCGCCGACGGGAAGGACGUCGCGCUCGCCAUUGGGAUGGCGGAGCGGCUGAGCAUCCGCCCGUUGAUGGGCCUCGCGUAUAACGCGAUGCUGCUCAAGGGCCGCGCGGCGUGGGACGCGGAGCCGCUGCUCUCGCGCGAGCAGCGCGUGCGCCUGCUGUCGGGGCACUACGCGCUGUCGAGGCUGUGGGAGAAGCUCCCGCUCGCGCCGCCGGCGCUGUCGCAUAAUGUGAGGUGCGCGUCGCCGCCGCGCUGCGGCAAGGCGUGGGCGGCGCUGUGGAGGGACGCGCUGGAGAAGGGCGCGCAGAUCCUGCCGGUGCGCUAUGUGGAUGUGCUGGGGAAGCUGAGGGUCGCGGAGGGGAUUGUGAGGACGGUGUUGGAUGUGGAGCUGGGGGCGGGCGCGGGCGCGGGGACGCAGGAUUCGGGUGUGGCGAUUGCGGCGUGCUGUAAGGAGGCGGCUUUGGCUGCGACGAGUUUGAAACUCAGGGAGGUCGAGGAGGGGCUGGCGGAGCACUUUACUGACGUCCCAUAA